AUGGACGCGACCGAAAAGGGGCCCGAGCGGCCGAACCCGCGCGCCACCGCGGGGCCCUUCUCCGUGCUGGUCUUCUGGUGGACGCGCAAGCUGUUCUGGCGCGGGCGACGCAGCGACCUCACCACCGAGGACAUGCACUGGCGGCGCGAGGUGAGCGCGGCGCGCGCCAACCAGCAGCCGCCGCGCCUCACGCGCACGCUGGUGCGCGCCUUCUGGCACACCUACGCCAUCUACGGCCUCUUCGUGCUCUUCCACUGCGUCGUCGUGCGGGUGGCGUACCCGCUGUUCCUGGGCCAGGUGGUGCGCUACUUCAGCGCGUCGAGCGCGGGCGCGGCGCAGGGCGCGCUGGCCGCCGGCACCGUCUCCAAGGGCGAGGCGCUGGGCUUCGCGGGCGGGCUGGCGCUGGCCACGGCGCUCAACGUGCUGCUCAGCCACCACACCAACAUGGGCACGCAGGCGCUGGGCAUGCGCGUGCGCGUCGCCGUCAGCUCCCUCCUCAUCAACCUGCUGUCCAACGACGUGGCCCGCUUCGACCAGCUCUUCAUGUACCUGCACUACGUGUGGGUGAUGCCGCUGCAGACCAUCGUCAUCACCUACUUCAUGUGGGAGGCCGUGGGCGCGGCGGCCUUCGUGGGCGUCGGCUCGCUCUUCCUGCAGACGGUGCCCGUGCAGAGCUACCUGAGCAAGCUGACGGGGCGGCUGCGCAUGCGCGUGGCCCAGCGCACGGACGAGCGCGUGCGCCUCAUGGGCGAAAUCGUGGCGGGCAUCCAGGUCAUCAAGAUGUACGCCUGGGAGAAGCCCUUCCAGGCCCUCAUCGAGUCGGCGCGCGCGCGCGAGGUGAAGGUGCUGCUGCACGCGUCCUACCUGCGCGGCGUGUACCUGGCGUUCAUGGUGUUCUCGGAGCGCUCGUCCCUCUUCUUCACGCUGCUCGCCUACGUGCUGCUAGGCCACGAGCUGUCGGCCGACAAGGUCUUCAUGCUGGCGCAGUUCUUCAACGUGCUGCAACUCUCCAUGGCCAUCUUCUACCCCAACGCCGUGCAAAUGGCCGCGGAGGCGUCCGUCUCCGUCACGCGCAUCGAGGCGUUCCUGCUGCUGGAGGAGCAGCGCCAGGCGCUGGUGGGCGCGGGCGCCGACGCGCUGGCCGAGCCCCCGGAGAAGGCGGAGCGCAUCGAGAACUCGGUGGCGCUGCUCGCGGUGGCCCGCGCGGGCGAGGGCGAGGGCGGCGGCGGGGGCGGGGGCGGGGGCGAGGGCGGCGUGGACAUCGACCGCCUGCGCGCGCGCUGGCUGCCCAACGCCAUCACAGACACCCUGUCGGGCGUCACCCUGCACGUGCCGCCGGGCAAGCUGUGCGCCGUCAUCGGGCCCGUGGGCGCCGGGAAGGCCAAGGUGGGCGGGUCGGUGGCGUACGCGGCGCAGGAGCCCUGGCUGUUCGCCGCGUCGCUGCGCAGCAACGUGGUGUUCGGGCGCGCCUUCGACGCGCGCCGCUACCGCGACGUGGUGCGCGCCUGCGCCCUCACGCGCGACAUGCAGCUGCUGCCGCAGGGCGACAAGACGCCCGUGGGCGACCGCGGCGCCGCGCUCAGCGGCGGGCAGCGCGCGCGCGUCAACCUCGCCAGGGCGGUGUACCGUGACGCAGACAUCUACCUGCUGGACGACCCGCUGUCGGCCGUGGACGCGCACGUGGGCAAGCACCUCUUCGACGAGUGCAUCUGCGGAUUCCUCAGCGACAAGACGCGCAUCCUCGUCACCCACCAGCUGCAGUACCUCAAAGACGCCGAUCAUAUCGUCAUCAUUAACAACGGGCGCGUGGAGGCGCAGGGCACGUACGCGUCGCUGUCGGCCAGCCGCAUCAACUUCUCGGCGCUGCUGGCGCGCAGCGAGAGCGACCUGGGCGAGGCGAAGCCGCCCACGCGCCGUCCCCGCGCCCGCAGGCACUCCUCCAUCGCCUCCUCCGUGGUGAGUGCUCUGCCGGGCUUCUGGCUAACGCCUGGACUCCGAUUAAAA